AAAUUUGGAGAGCGACCUCAACCGAAACGACUCACCAGGGAAGCAAUGCGAAAUUACCUAAAGGAACGAGGUGAUCAAACAGUUCUAAUACUCCAUGCUAAAGUUGCGCAGAAGUCGUAUGGAAAUGAAAAAAGGUUCUUUUGUCCUCCUCCGUGUGUGUAUCUUAUGGGCAGUGGAUGGAAGAAAAAAAAAGAGCAAAUGGAACGGGAUGGUUGCACUGAGCAAGAGUCACAACCUUGCGCCUUCAUUGGAAUAGGAAACAGCGACCAAGAAAUGCAGCAACUGAACUUGGAAGGAAAGAAUUAUUGCACUGCCAAAACAUUAUACAUAUCAGACUCGGACAAAAGAAAGCACUUCAUGUUAUCGGUAAAAAUGUUCUAUGGAAAUAGUGAUGACAUCGGUGUGUUCCUCAGUAAACGGAUCAAAGUCAUCUCCAAACCUUCUAAAAAGAAACAGUCACUGAAAAAUGCAGACUUAUGUAUUGCAUCAGGGACAAAAGUGGCACUAUUUAAUAGACUUCGAUCCCAAACAGUUAGCACCAGAUAUUUGCACGUAGAAGGUGGCAAUUUCCAUGCCAGUUCACAACAGUGGGGAGCAUUUUACAUUCACCUCUUGGAUGAUGAUGAAUCAGAAGGAGAAGAAUUCACAGUGAGAGAUGGCUACAUUCAUUAUGGGCAGACUGUCAAACUUGUCUGCUCAGUUACUGGCAUGGCACUCCCAAGACUGAUAAUUCGAAAAGUAGAUAAACAAACAGCGUUAUUGGAUGCAGAUGAUCCAGUAUCGCAGCUCCAUAAAUGCGCAUUUUACCUUAAAGACACUGAGAGAAUGUAUUUGUGCCUUUCCCAGGAGAGAAUAAUCCAGUUUCAAGCCACUCCAUGCCCAAAAGAACCAAAUAAAGAAAUGAUUAAUGAUGGAGCUUCUUGGACAAUCAUUAGCACAGAUAAAGCAGAAUACACAUUUUAUGAGGGGAUGGGACCUGUCCAUGCACCAGUGACACCUGUGCCUGUUGUAGAAAGUCUUCAGUUGAAUGGUGGCGGGGAUGUAGCAAUGUUGGAACUUACAGGACAGAACUUCACUCCAAAUUUACGUGUCUGGUUUGGGGAUGUGGAAGCUGAAACCAUGUACAGAUGCGCAGAGAGCAUGCUAUGUGUUGUUCCAGACAUUUCUGCAUUUCGAGAGGGUUGGAGGUGGCCCCCCCAGCCAGUCCAGGUUCCAGUAACUUUGGUCCGUAACGAUGGCAUAAUUUACUCCACCAGCCUUACCUUUACAUACACACCGGAACCAGGGCCACGACCACACUGCAGUGCUGCUGGAGCAAUCCUCAGAGCCAACUCAAGCCUCGUGGCUUCCAGUGAAACAAAUACAAACAGCGAGGGAAGUUACACAAACGUCAGCACAAAUCCAACCAAUGUCACAUCAUCUACAGCAACUGUAGUUUCCUAACUACUGUCGUUUGUCCGGACUUUAACUGACUUUUAAGUGCUCCAUUCAAGAGAACUGAACAAUUUUUGUGGUUUCAUGGGAAAACACCUCUCCAUUUUAGGUGAUAUUAUUUGAACCUUGUUACCUGCAAGUGCUGAUCUUAAAUAUAGAAGCCACAAUAAAAAAAAAAAAAAACAUCCAAAACGUAAGAACUUUAUUGAAAAUCUAUUUUUCAGCUGUUUUUUUUAAUGGGCAAGAAACAAAAAAUGUGGCUGGGAUACAUGUUGAGCAAACUAGAAAACAUGAACACAAAAUAGUUUUUAUGGACCAAGAAACUUGUAUAAGCUUUAGUAUAAAAGGUACAUUUUCACCAUACCUUUUUUGUAUCACAACGUAUAGUACACUUUUGUUACCAAAUAGUUUAUAUUUUUUUUUCCUCUGAGCUUUUGCUCUGAAGUAUAUUCAGGUUCCAAGCCUGACCAUGCUUGUAUAAUCUAAUUACCAUACUCUUCCAGUUUUAAAAAAAUAUAUAUAUAUUUUUGGUCUGUGGCUGGAACUGUUCCUUUUUUUAAACUGAAGUCUUGUGACUUUUUAUGAACUGAAAUUGUUUUUAUUUCAGCAAGUAGAACCUUGUAAAGGCCAGCAUAUUUUUUUUAAGAUUAUAUGAAGUCUGUGCAAAAGCUUUAAAAAAUGCCUCUGCCUUGCCUGCAAUACAUGCAAUGUAUGUUAACUUUAGUGCUCUGUUUUCAGUCAUUGUUAAUAGUUAUUUCUGGUUUCCUUUUUUAAAUAUGUAUUUAUAGUGAUAAUUCAUGAGGUUCUAACAUUACAUGAGUUUGUUUUUCUAAGUGGCAUCUCAAGCAG